CGUUCCUUUACUAAAGCCUUAGUCUACAAUAAAGCGAAAUGGCACCGGGUGUGCAAAUUACAAGCGACAGCGACUUGGAUGCGGUAUUGGAGGAGUUUAAGAUUAAACAGGCUCGUCGCAACAGCACCGGUCCCAAGUACACAUGCAGCAUAAGCGGUUGCAAUGAGAGCUUCAAGCGUCUGGACCAAUUGGAUCGCCAUGAAUACCACCAUACUGGUAUUAAGAAGCACGCUUGUAGCUACGAAGGCUGUGAUAAGACUUAUUCAAUAGUCACCCACUUGAAGCGUCAUCUGCGCAGCACACACGAGCGUCCUGAGGAGCCGCAGAAAACAGUAAAAUGCAGCUUGCCACAGUGCGACAAGAUGUUCAUAUCGACUAGCAACAUGACGCGCCAUUUGCGCGAGGCACAUGAGUGUCCGCGCGAGUACGAGUGCCGCUUCUGCUCGCUCAAGUUCAGGCAAAAAAUGAAGUUGCGCCGCCACGAGAUCGUACGUCACACACAGCAAUUUCCGUUUCGUUGUGAGAAAUGCCAGCGCGGCUUCUAUCAGCAGUGGCAGCAGGAGAGUCACCAGCGUAGCUGCAGACUCUACUCUUGCCCCCAAUGCGAACAACAGUUCGAGAAAUGGACGCUAUACACAAAGCAUUGUCGCGAAACACUACACGGACGCGAGCGCCAUAAGUGCGAGCACUGCGACAAAAACUACGACAAACCUAGUGCCUUAAGUGCUCACAUUGCUGCCAAACAUCCAGCAAAUGCGGAAUCAACAUUCUCAUGCACCGAGCCUGGCUGCAAUCGCAGCUAUUCGUAUGAGCGUAAUUUGCGUCAGCAUAUCCUGACCAGUCACACGGGCAGGCGCUUUGAGUGCCUGGCCGUUAAUUGCCAGCGCUGUUUUAGCAGUGCCCAAAAUCUAAGCAAACAUUUGCAGCGCGAUCACACAGCCAAAGAGCGCCAGCCAGCUAAAAAGAAGCAAACGCUAGACACAAACGCAAAUGGAGUCCCGGCAACAACGCGCAAGCGUCGCCGUGAUGCGGGCAAAUCCGCCCGAUCGCAGCUCUCUAAACUUGCUUGCGUGGUGCUCGACAAGGAGGUUGAUAAGCAGGUGCGCCUCCGCCAACCAUCGGUGCUAACGAGCGUGGCCAAGGAGCUGCAAGAGAAACAAGACGAAGAAAUGGAAUUAGAGCGGUUGCUGGAACAUACGCUUGAAGACGUCUGCUAAAUAAACCACAAUGAGGCAACAACAACUUGAAUUCAAAAAAUGAAAGCCUGAAU